AUGAAUUAUUCACUCCAACUAAUUAUCGUAUUUAUUUCGUUUUUACUCCUUUUCUACGUCAUGUUUAUCGGUAGAACCAAGUCCAAAAGCAGGGCUAGAGAAGCACCUGAGCUCGGUGGUGCAUGGCCGAUCAUCGGCCACCUCCACCUACUUGGCGGCGGCAACCAGCUUCUCUACCGGACAUUAGGAGCCAUGGCCGACAAAUACGGGCCGGCGUUCAACAUCCGGCUAGGAACCCGCCGUGCUUUUGUGGUGAGCAGCUGGGAAGUGGCCAAAGACUGCUUCACCGUCAACGACAAAGCACUUGCUUCACGGCCUAAAACCGCCGCCGUGAAACACAUGGGUUAUAACUAUGCCGUCUUUGGCUUCGCUCCUUACACUCCCUUUUGGCGCCAUAUGCGGAAGAUCGCCACCCUGGAGCUCCUUUCCCACCGCCGCCUUGAGAUGCUCAAAAACGUCCGUUUGUCGGAGAUUAAUUCCGGAAUUAAGGAACUCUACGGGCGGUGGGAGGAAAACUCUCGUCGGCCGGUGGUUGUUGAACUGAAUAAAUGGUUGGAACACAUGAUGUUAAACAUAGUGGUGAUGAUGGUGGCCGGAAAGCGGUAUUUCGGUGUUGGAGGUGGCGGGGAUGAGGCGGCGAGGUGUCAGAAAGCCAUCAGCGAUUUCUUUCGUUUGAUUGGUAUUUUCGUGGUAUCAGAUGCCAUACCUUUUCUAUGGUGGUUGGAUUUACAGGGAUAUGAAAAGCAGAUGAAAAAGACGGCAAAGGAUCUCGAUUUGGUGCUACGAGGGUGGCUCCAUGAACAUCGACAAAACCGAAAGUUGGAUUUGGGACGAAACAACGAAAACGUAAAGGAUUUCAUAGACGUAAUGUUGUCGCUUGAAGACGAAGGGCAACUAUCUGGUUUUGAGCAUGAUGCCGAUAGUAGCAUCAAAUCGACAUGUUUGGCACUGAUUCUAGGAGGCAGUGACACGACGGCUGGGACACUAACGUGGGCGAUCUCAUUGUUGUUAAACCAUCCCAAUGUCUUAACAAAGUUGCAACAUGAACUAGAUGAGCAUGUAGGUAAAGAAAGACAAGUCGACGAAUCCGACAUAAAAAACCUCUUAUUUCUUCAAGCGGUAAUAAAAGAAACUCUUCGUCUCUACCCGGCGGGCCCACUUCUAGGACCGAGGGAGGCCAUGGAAGAUUGUACAGUUGCCGGGUACAAUGUCAAAGCUGGGACUCGAUUAAUAGUUAACGUUUGGAAGCUUCAAAGGGAUUCAACGGUUUGGGUCGAUCCAUCUAAAUUUGAACCCGAGAGGUUUAUGGGUUCUGACCAUGGACAUGUCGACCUGAGAGGACAACAAUUUGUGCUCAUGCCAUUUGGGUCAGGUCGACGUUCUUGUCCUGGAGCCACGUUUGGACUUCAAGUGCUUCAUCUGACAUUGGCUCGUCUUGUCCAUUCUUUUGAUCUGGAUCGGGUUGGAGGUCUUCCGGUCGACAUGGCCGAGAGCCCGGGGAUGACGAUUCCAAAAAAGAAGCCAUUAGAGGUCCUCUUGAACCCGCGACCUCUGGCCAAGCUCUACGGUUGUUGA